GAAGAAGAAGAGAAAGACAGAAGCGUGCAUAAGUGUGAAGUAACAAAUAAAAGUGUGCUGUGAGGUAUAUAGAAGUGCUGAGAAGGAUCAAGGACCUAAGAAGCGAUACAAAGCCAGGUCAGAAGAAGAAGAAGAAGAAGAAGACAGGAGGAGGACGGCCAUGUUGUUUGUUUUCAGAGUGUAGAGGCAGACACCUUGGCGCGGGGAGAGGGCGCAGCGAGGACGAUGGAGAACCCGGAGUCCAUAUUAGAGGAACUAGAGAAGGGACCAUUAAGAAACAUGAUCCCCGCUGCUACCAGGUUAAUGGCACAGAAUUUGAAAAGAAGACGGGCGAUGGUGCCUCCAAGACGCUGGAGGACUACAUCCACCACAUAGCCAAGACCGGCGACACCAUAUUUCCCUGGCACCGGAUCCGACACUUCAUGCAACACAUGCUAGAAACGGUGAUGAACGAAUUUUAUGAGACGUGUGGCAGUGGGGAGGACCUUAGUGAAAACAGUAAUGUGCCGGCCUUCUCUUUCUUCACCACACGCGACAAACUCCUACACCACUUCGACACCUUCACAGGGGCCCCGUUCACGAUACAGAGGUUGUGCGAGAUCAUGGUUGACCCCACCAGACACUAUCGCCGCACAGACAAGUUCCUGCGUGGCCUGGAGAAGAAUGUCCUGGUGGUGUCUAGCAUUGAGCCCGGCAGCCGACAGCGACGAACAGAAGACCCACAGCACACCUUGGUUAACGGUCUACAGGAGGGUGGGCUGCACACCCCCACUGCCACCUCCCCCUUAUCAGCCUCCCCCAUCCCCUCCCUACCCCACCACCCCAAGAGACUCUCCCUCACGCAGUCCACAAACUCGGUACUAAACAACACAAAUGAUGUCUACAAUACAGAAAUGAAUGACAGCGAAAACCAGUUGACUGUGUCUGAAGCCAAUGGUCCCAGCGGCCUUCACAGGGAGGAGCAGGCGAUGGAUGACUCAUCCUCAGACUCCUUAGAGCCUCCCAGCAAAAAGAUGCGACUAGAGGAGGAGGAAGAGGAGGAAGAUGAGGAGGAGGAUGAGGAGUCUUUUGAAGAGAGGGCAGUGGAGCCCCCAUCAGAGAAGCUUCCCGAGGUGAAGGGCAUGGCCUGCGUCAGACAGGCUGAGGCAGAGACGGAGUCGGAGACAGAGGCAGAUGGAGAGGCAGAGGCGAUGGAGGUGGAAGAUAGGCUGAACAAGGAGGCAGAGGCUGAGGCUAAAAUGGAGACUGAGGAAGCGGAGGCUACAGGCAUCCCCAUGGAAGAAGGGGAGAGGACCUUACCGAUGCCCCAGGAGGAGGAGGAGGAGCUCCAGGAGGCAUCCAACCCAGCGACAGUGACAGACUCUUCUGAGGGUGCCAGGGAGCCAGAGAGCCACCUGAAGGAGGAAGAGAGGGAGGAGGAGGAGGAGGAGGAGGAGUCCCAGGAGGAGGUGCUUCCCUCAGAGGCAUCCCCGGAGGUGGGCUCCUCCAACAGCCACCCUGCCGCCUCCCCCUCCAAGGGGGACGAGGCUGAGAGGGUGCUGGUGGUGUUCUCUUCCUCUUCCUCUUCCUCCUCCAGGGUAUGUGAGGAGGGCAGCCCAGACUCAGGGGAGGGUCCUGAGGAGGGUGGUGGAGGGCAGGUGCCUGAUGUGACCAAGGAGAGAGAGAGCAGCUCUGAGGCAGCAGCAGCAGAAGACGAGGAGGACAGGAGUGAGUCCCCCAGCACCCCUGAGGGCCCCCAGCAAGCAGAUGAGUCAAACAGGAACAGCCACGAGGCUGACAGCACCUCCCAGGCCCAUGGCAACGCCAGCAGCAGUGUGGAAAACCAAGCUGCUGAUGUUGUCGACACUGCCACACGUGCCGAGGCUGAGGUGGACUCUGCCGUGCCGUCUCCCCCGCCCACAGCCGAGGUGGACCACUCUGCACCAGCAGCAGCAGCGGUGGAAAGCCCGUCCCCCUCCAACAGUUCCUCGGUGUACUCCACCUCUGACGCUGCUGCUGCACCUGCAGCCCACACUACCUCGGAGACCCCCUCCCCCUCCACUGCCACCACCACCACCACCAACUCCAUCACCACCACCACCUCCACCACCAAUGCCACCACCAAUCACAGCACCAAUGGUGUGUCAGAAUCACCUGAUUCUGAGACACCUGAUCCUGCUUCAGCCCCAGACACGCCUCAGGAUACAGACACAGAGAAUGCGGCCACAGCAGCCACCUCCACCACCAGCAGUGGCAGUGGCAGCAGCAGCAGCAGCAGCAGCAUGCCCCAGGCGGCACCCAGUGAGGGGGCUGAGCAGGAGGGCGCGGCAGCUCAGUCCUGUGACAAGCGGACCUUAGCCAGUAUUAGUUGCUCAAGCUCGCGUCCCAGUGAGCCCGACCACCAACCAACGGAAGAAGAAUAGUUCACCGAAUAAAGCAUUAGCAUAUUUUUAUAUACAUUUACUUUACACAGUUGUACCUGCCAUUUGGACACCUGUUCAACAAACAAUUUUGCAUCCAAGAUUAUUUUGAAUUUCUAAGGUGACGUAGCCUUACAGGUGACUGCCCAUCAUAACCUACAAAUUUCUCUAAUUUUUAAGAUCACAGUAGGUAGCGGAGGUUUUAAUGUUUUAUAACGCUGAUUAUUAUUCCUGACAUGUGAUAGUUUCCAAGGAGUGCUGAUCUGACCAUGCAAGUUCCAUUUUACAGGAGAGCUGCAGGGGUGUGAGCAUGGGAGAAGCCACACCUCCUGUGGCAGGGAGGGGCAGGGCAGGGCGGGGCGGAAGAUGAAGCCUGUAAUGUGGUGUUGGUAUGGCAUGUGUUUAUUCCAUUAGUAUUCACUAGACAACUGGAAAUGUACUUAGUGCUCUAGGUAGGUUUCUUUUGAUAGAUGAUAACAUAAGAGAUGUAGUCUGACACUGGGACUGGCAGAAGGUAGUUACAUUUUACAUACUCGGAACACAAGAGGCAGAUUUUACACAAAACCAGGAACUUAGGAAUAUUUAUAUUUUUGUAUGUAUUGUAUAUAUCCUCCUCUUAGUUUCAUCCCUUUGAACAACUUGUCAUGAAGGUUAAAAUGCUAGAUAUUUAUGGUUGAGCCCCAAGCUCGAUGACUUCUUGACUGAACUGUUUGGUCUGGCCCAGCACGGCUCUGUUCUUGGGCCUCCUCUGGGGCGCUGCUGCCGUGGGGUGUGGAGGGGCAGGGAAAGGGGUUCUCUUGCAAUAAUCUUUUGAGGGUAAGCUAUCGUAGAUCUACUCUAAUGAAUGAAGCCCUGUAGAUAGUAUGGAACAGGCAAGUGCUCCUGCACACCAGUCCUCAAGAAAUACAUACUUAAAGCAAAAAAUUGGUUUGAAGGAUGCUCUUAACUUUACUUCAAUGAAGUAAACUUUUCAAAUUGCACAUUUGAAGUAUUUAUUUUGUACUAUGUUGGCUAGAUGGCACAGAAACUAAUUAAUUUUUAUAUUUUUAUCAUGACCUGACAACAGCACCAUCAAUAGAAUGCCCAUUUUGGGGAAGUCGUAGCAGCUUCUUAGCAUAGAUAGUUUUGGAUAAUUUUGAUGAUUCAUGGAAUGGAACACACUACUUUGAUUUCCCUUAUCUGUUGAGUAUUCCUGAUGUUGUGGAGAGGUCUGCCACGUCAUUUGACCUUGCAGUGCAAUUUGCUAAACAUAGUACAACAUGAUACAAGCAGUGCUCUCAAGUGUAUAAGUUAUGGGAUGUCUGGAAGCUGCCCAAGUGAGGGGUUGGAGUGUGGGCAGUAUUUAGCACAAGAGUAUGCUGUUGUGGCCUCAGUUAACACACGAGUAUGCUCUUGCCAACCUUGGUUCACAUCGGCCAGAGUGAAAUAUUCUUUUCUCGUACAACACAUAGUCAGUGUUUGGCAUAAUGCAUUUCUGGGUGGACUCAGUAGCUGGCUUGGUCAUGUUAGGGACAAAUGACAGGUUUUGUUAGAAAAACUAUUUGAUUUAUUUUCCAUCAGGAAUGUAUGUUUUAUAGAAAUGUCCAAUAAAAUUAAACCUGUA